CGCUUCAGGUCCGGUGGCCUUUGCGGGGAUGGGGUGGGGGGAUGCUUGGAAGGUGCCCUUUGUGGGAGAAAGCUUUUUCCUCCCGUAACGUUUUCAUCUCCCCUCUCCCAGGCGCACACAUACCAUCACCACUUAAGACAGAUCGGGGUCUAGGGAAUCCUGUCGUUAGGGGAAGUUCAGGGACGGUCUCACUUCAGGUGGUGUUGAAGAGCUUGGAAUAAUAGACUCGUUCCUGGAUUCGGAGGCGGGCUCCACCAAUGGUUUAGGUGUUUGACUUGCGCGUUUCUCAACUUCGUGUCUCAAUAGCCUUAUCUGUAAAAUGAGGUUCUUCUUUUCUUUGCUGGAUCUGGAAGCAUGGGUAGCAAGAAACUAAGACGAGUGGGUUUAACUCAAGAGCUGUGUGACCGUCUGAGCAGACAUCAGAUUGUUACCUGUCAGGACUUUUUAUGUCUUUCCCCACUGGAACUUAUGAAGGUAACUGGCCUGAGUUACCGAGGUGUCCAUGAACUUCUGCGUAUGGUCAGCAGGGCCUGUGCCCCACAAAUGCAAACGGCUUAUGGGAUAAAGACACAAAGGUCUACUGAUCUCUCACCAGCAUUCUUAUCUACUACCCUUUCUGCUUUGGAUGAAGCCCUACGUGGUGGUGUGCCUUGUGGAUCCCUCACAGAGAUUACAGGGCCACCAGGCUGUGGAAAAACUCAGUUUUGCAUAAUGAUGAGUGUUUUGGCUACAUUACCCACCAGUAUGGGAGGAUUAGAAGGAGCUGUUGUGUACAUAGACACAGAAUCAGCAUUUAGUGCUGAAAGACUGGUUGAAAUAGCAGAAUCCCGUUUUCCCAGAUAUUUUAACACUGAAGAAAAAUUACUUUGGACAAGUAGUAAAGUUCAUCUUUACCGGGAACUCACCUGUGAUGAAGUUCUACAAAGGAUUGAAUCUUUGGAAGAAGAAAUUAUUUCAAAAGGAAUUAAACUUGUGAUUGUCGACUCUGUUGCUUCUGUCGUCAGAAAGGAGUUUGAUACCCAACUUCAAGGCAAUAUGAGGGAAAGAAACAAAUUCUUGGCCAAAGAAUCAUCCCUAUUGAAGUAUUUGGCCAAGGAAUUUUCAAUCCCAGUUAUCUUGACGAAUCAAAUUACAACCCAUCUGAGCAAAGCCCUUGCUUCUCAGGCAGACCUGGUGUCUCCGGCUGAUGAUUUGUCCCUGUCUGAAGGCUUUUCUGAAUCCAGCUGUGUAAUUGCAGCCCUAGGAAACACUUGGAGUCACAGUGUGAACACCAGGCUGAUUCUCCAGUCCCUUGAUUCAGAGAGAAGACAGAUUCUCAUUGCCAAAUCCCCUCUGGCUCCCUUCACCUCAUUUAUUUACACCAUCAAGGAGGAAGGCCUGGUUCUUCAAGGUCCAGUGCCCAUCAAGUGGAAAAGUUUAGAGGAGCUGGCCUAGGCUGGAAUGAGACUGAAGGAUGCUGGGAUCUGGUGGCAAGAGAAAAGCAGAGGUUGACUUUGGGCACCAGCUUUAAUGGGGUGGGCCUCAAAGCACUUGGGUGCAGAAGGGAAGAAGAAUUCUCAGUGAACUCCACCACUACCCACAUCAGCUCUGGUAAGAGUAAGCACCAAAUGUACCACUCAGAGCACAGCAGAGACUCUAAUUGAAAGCAGCCAGGCUAUGUUGCUGAUGCUGCAGGGUGCAUAUAAGAAGCCAGGGUCAGACCCUUCUGGAACCAUCCCCCAGUUUUGGGAGGCCCAUGGAUGAGGUGAAGCAGCUUCUGAAGCAGGGCUGGCCCUAAGAAUGGAGAGGCUGGACUGGCAGGGUACAUUGUUCACUCCUUUACCUAUUCUCUCUUCCUUGGGAAUUUAGGGAGUGGUUGGAAAUAAAGAAAGCCAAAGUUGUUUUGAGCAGGACUGAAGGUAGCAACUAUUUCUCAGUGAGAUAGAAACAUGUUUUUAAACAGUUUUUACAAAAUCAGGAUCAGAUACAACUGGUUGAAUUUGGAUUCCGACACUGUCCUAUACUAGUUUGGGUUUGAAUGAAUAGUAUAAAUUUUAGGAUAACUGGAGAACUUCAGAGGAGACCAGGGCACCCUGACACAGGUCCAGAGAAGGUACUGGACACCAAGCUAGCUUCAGUCACUUAGUCACUUUUUCAGAAGAAACCAAGAAAGGAAGAAAAAAUAAAGAAACAAUGGUCUUUUUUAUGGAAAGCUAAGUGCUUCAUCUUUCUGCUUUUACAAUCAAGAAGGGUUUGUUUGAUCACCUUUUGAAGCAUAUCAGGAAAGGCAUUAAUCUCCUCUAUUUGUUCCCUUGUCACAAAGUUGGGUUAAAUUCUUCCACUCCUUUUUCAUAGUUACCGAGCCAACUGGAUGAUUUAUUGAAAAAUUCUUUUCCCCCCAAUACUACCACUUGAGCUUAUCAGACUUCAAUUUGAAUCAGUAGCUCAUCUAAAUAUUGUCUGCCUGGUAGACUCAAAAUGACCCAGAAGAUUCUUAGUCUGGCUAGUACCACUCACACACCUGGCACAGCCUGGAGCUUGGGCAGAGAGCCCUGAGAUUCAGUGGCUCAGAGAGCACAAACUCCUCCUGGAAAUCAUGAAGAGGAAGGCAGAGCCAGCCUGUCACAUUGUCCUUGUCCUGACAGGUGCCACUGCAGCCUCAGAAAGUUUAUUCAGGCCUCUUUGUUAUGGGACUUCCUAGGGGAAAGAGGAAGGACCACCAUGUACCCAGGGUCUUCUCCUCUCUGCAUUUAUUUCACAUCUCCUUCUUCCAGGACCUCCCACACUGGCCUUCUGCCUUAUUCACAUCUUUUCUUCUGGCUGUCAGCCUCAGAGAGAGACUGUUAUCAAUGUAGAUUUGGGGGUGAGUAGGUGCUGGGGUUCAAACUCAGGGCCUAGCUCAUUCUAUGUAAGCCCUCUACUACUAAACUACACCACAGCCUGAAAAAUAUUUUUAAUACAGAAUAGUACAGAAAAUCAAAAACCAUGAAUUUUAUAUGAAUAUAACACCCAGAAUUAACAACUGUUAAAAUUUUUAUCCUAGUAGUUUCAGAUUUUUUUUUUUCAAUUCUAGGACAAAAAUUUGACAGAAUUCAAAACUCCUUUGUACCUAUCACUACUCCAGGCCCUCCCCACCCGACUCUCCUCCAAAGAAGAAAAGUUCUCCACCAUUUGGCAUAUAUCCUUCUCUUUCAUUCUUAAAACUUUUCUACCUACCUGUGAAUCUAUGUAUAAUAUAAUGAUUUGUUUUUUAAUGCAUUUUAAAAUUUCUAUAAAUGAUUUAUCAUAUACAUUAUUUUAUAACUUUGUUUUGUCAUUUAACAUAAUGUUUUUAUGUAUGUCCACAUUCAUGCACAUAGAUUCCUUUGAUUUAUUUCAGGUAUCCACACCAUUAUCUACUCCCUUAUUUAUAGAUAUUUUGAUUAUUUAGAACAAGGCUUGAGGGUUUCUCUAGGUAUAGAUAAGGCAUCUUUUAUAUGUAUUCCCAAAUUUUUUUCAAAAUAAGUUAACCAAUUUAGACUCUCUGUGGAGGUAGUGGACCAAUCUCUGUGCAGCCAUGUAUAAUUAUUGAUGUGUUGUCAUAUUUCCAUGGCUGAUCUUCUUAUGUGUUCUUUACGGAUGCCUCUUUUGUCUCUUGCCUUAGGAAUGUAAGCUUGCCAUAUGCUCCAGAGAGAUUUUCUGCACAGUGUGUGUGUGUGUGUGCUUUAUACCUGUACUUAGAUGAUCACUGAUAAAAAUUUACUCAUUCUCCGAAAGCUAACUGUAUCUACACUUCCUCAAACAAGGGCUUUUAGUUCACCCAUCACCUUGAUUUUCUUGAGGAAACAGUUCCAAGAAGGUUAAGCUAAGUUCACUGCCUCAAAGUUGGGUUUUUUAACUCCUUUUCAAGUAUUCAGCCUGGGCCUAAGAUUUUAGAAAAUCAAAAGGAUUUUGGGUUGUUCCUCUUCCAUCAUGGCAACCCCUUAGCUGCUUAUCUCUCGGGCCUCAUAGGCCUCUGUUGACGUAGUUUAGCCCCAUCUUAAAUGUUGAAUCUUGAAAAUCUAAGCUAAAAUGUAUCAGUCACACUGAUAUAAUGAUCCUCCAAGAAAUUCCCUGAGGGCAGUUGGGUUAUAAGUUUGGCUGGGCAUAGCCACUACCUAAACUAACAGUAGUGUAAAAGAGAGGCUUACUCCCUUCUCAUAGAGCACCGCAGAGGAAUGUGGUCCUGAGCUGGUAUGGCAGCUUGGCUCCCCAGGUUCGUCCAGGGACACAAUCUGUUGGCUUGUAGCUCCAUCACACCUAGGAUAUUACUGUUGUUGUCAUGACCCAAUAUGACUCAGCAUCAUUGCUCCAUUCAGGUAGCAGGAUUUGUGUGGGACAGAGAUGGUGGUGGGAGGGAAAGCAUCCCCCUUUCUUUGAGGAAGCUAACCAGAAGUUACACACUUUAUUUCUACCUAUAUCAUAUUGGCCAUCUGUGAGUAUAUGGCAAGAAAUGAUGAAAAUGUAGUUAUUAAUCUGAAUGGCCAUGUACCCACAAAAAUUGUGCAUUGUGGGAGCUCUGUUAUCACAAGAGAAAGAGGAAGAUGAAUAUUUAGUGACACAAACCUUUCAGAGAUUAAUUCCCACGUUGCAAUAGUGCAGAUCCUUGGCCGGGCUUGAUGCAUAAUAGAGUUAUACUCUUGAAAUGCCACAUAAAUAGUGUGCAUAGGGGCUGGGAUUGUAGCUCAGUGGUAGAAUGCUUGCCUAGCAUGUGUUGGUAUUGUAAUUGGUAGUUUCCUUUGUAGGUACUGUAUUUAAUUGUUAGCACCACAUAUAAAUAAAUAAAUAAUAAUAAAGAUCCAUCAAAAACUAAAAAAAAUUAAAAAAAUAUAUAUAGUGUGUUAAAAAUGCUAUUGGGGCCCUGUUUGUUUCCAGAGCCUAGGGAAAAGAGGAGUAGCAUUAUCAUUCUGUUCUUCUACCAAGGACCAGUGCCCCAGAAUCUUGGCAACCCACCCUAUCCUACCUAAACAGAAUCUCCCUCAGGCAGUAAUUUUAGUAUGUGUUUGCUGUUAUGCAGCAUUUGAGACAGAAACUUGAAUGGGAGCUACUAGUGCUUAUAGCACAGAAUAGGGUAGGAGAUCCAAAGUUAUAGAGUAAACAUUUUUUUUUUCCAAAAUGUUUUUUCCUGCCUCUACUUUUUUUUUUUUAACAUGAAACAAAAUGCAGUUGAAAUAAAGUUAUAGAGAAAAAUUUCAUUCCAAGACUUGGACCAUAGUUUACCCUGGGUCCACACUCCACUUUUAGAACCUAGAAGCCAUAGGCAGAACUAACAAUUUGCAUUUGUGAAAAUUCCCAGGUAAUAAUACCAAAAGAUGUUAAAUCAAUUCAGUUUUUUUAUUUUCUCUGAAAAUCUCUUCCAAAAGGACUUGUAUUCCUUAUGGAAUAUCAUUUAAGCUUCAUUCAGUUCAGCAAGUAUUUGUUGAGCUUCUAUUGUUUGCAGAACAUGCUGCUCAGGACUCAGGGGAUACAAGAUUGAGAGAGGGAAAAAAAAAGUUCCCUUCCCUUAUGUAGCUCACAGUCUAGUUCGGGAAGAUGUAAUUAUGUAGAUCUAAUCAUCAGCAAACUGUGACAGCUAUUUCAAGUUUCAAGGAUAUGGAAGGAUGGAAGGAAAAAGGGUUGUCCCAACUAGGAUGGCUGAGGAAAGCUCCUAAGAGUAUGUGAGGCUUGAACGGGGACUUCAGCUUCUGAAUACCAACAAAACCACAUUCAAUUGUCUCUUGACAGAGGCCAAUUUCUUUUGCUAUUUGAGGAUAGCUUUGGGGACACUGGGGAAUGCUGAUUAGUUCCAUCACUAGUGCUGAUUAGUGACGAAUGUUGAAUCAUGCUGACUAAUGUGUUCUAAAUGGAUUGACUCAACAAUAAAGGGAACAUUAAGAGUCAAGAGUUCAGGUCCUACAUCUCACUGUGUGAAGUAUAAAUCACUUAGCUUCUUAGUGCUUUUUUUUUUUUUUUGUCAGUUAAAAUGUGCUCAUCCUGAGAAUCCAGUAAGUCACCUUGCCUUUAAAAACCUCAAAGAUAACAGAAAUGUUUAACAACAACUAGCAGGACAGGCUUAUGCAACCUUAGGUUAUUCAUACACAUACAGAAUCAGAACAGACAUCACAUGCUGCUUGCUAACCAUGCAAAACUUCCAUUUCCUCACACAGGCCAUGAGCACUGACAAACAGGAGCCACAGUCACAAAAACCGUCAAAUAGAGAAGCUUUUGAAAAAUCUUCCUUUCUACCUACUGGGGUGUCUGUGUCUUUCUGGACAACAAAUGUCGCCACAGAACUAAGAGCUUACGUUGCACACACAGCUCUUUCUCUUUUGACAUCUCCCCAGCUAGACUGCUUGAGAAUCUGGCCUUCCCCGUCCAGAUGUUUACUGAAUUCUGAAGGCCCCCCAAAGGGCCCAAGUUCUUUUGUUGCUCUCCAAAUCAUUUCCCACAGAGACUGACCGAUGUCCUGAAGGAGCCCUUCAAUAGGGAGGAUAAAUGAAGGCAGAUGAAGACAUGACCCCCUGAGGCUUGCCCACAUCCACUCUAACAAAGGGUCUGAGGCACGACCUUGUAAGGAGUGUUUUGGUCCCUAUAAGAGGCCAAGUCUCCCCCACAGGGCUGUUUUCAAUGGCUACCAUCAUAGUGGAAGCACUAGGCAUUUGUUAAGGGCUGUGGUGUGCUAGGUGUAGCACAAAACAUCUAAAUCAUGGUCCCCAGCCUUUGUGAGGGCUUCCUGGCUACAGAUGGCAGCUGGCUUUCUCAGGGGAAACUUGGGGGUAGUAGAGAAAGCUGAAGAGGGGCCCGACAUCUUUGGAUGACCUUUUCCCACCCAGUGCAGAUAGAGUCCCCCUUUUGUAGGUCAAGCUAGAGCCACGGGACCUUAAUCCCACCAGUACUGUUUCUGGGUAUCUGGUGUGCCAGGUGUGGUUCCGUGGGGAAGGAGAAGGGGACGGCUACUAUAAGGAAAGUUUUAUUUCCAUGAAGGGUGGGAAGUUAGAGCAUUUCAUGACAACAUUGUUUUUUUUCAAGUUCUCUCUAUU